UGUUGACUGAUUUUACUGUUCAAGUUGGAGUGAUGUCGCAAAUUUGAAUUUAUUCAUUGUUGUCAAAAUAAAUAAAUAUGAAAAUAAGAAAUUGAUUUUGUUGGAUGUCCGCGCAACUUAAGUGAAUAUUGAUUUAUUUCUGUGUAAUAGGCAAAUACUAUAGACAAUACAUCGACGAUACCAAUAUAAAGCCUUUAAGAAUGGAUCAAAUUGAGGCCCAACCAUUCGUGUUUUUAGGAAUAAAAGUCAAGCCAGGACCUAUUGAACGAUUUAAGCUGGAAAACUUCAGUCUUGACAAUACUGUUAGCAUUCUUAAGUCAGAAGCUGAGAAAAAAACUAAUAUACCAUCAUCGUCUUUAGAACUGAUACACCAUGGUAAAAUACUUCGCGACAGUACUACUCUCCGUGAGAAUGGGGUUAAAAGUGGUGAAAUGGUUCAUGUUUUAAAGAAAAAGGAACAGAAUCCUCCAGCACCGCCACCAACUUUUAGUGAUGCAGAAUUACAACAUUUGAACUCCUCAAUGAGAACUUUGGGCUGUACUCCCAAUGCCCCUGGCUGGACAAGAGCCAUGCAGUUAUUAAAUGAUGAGUCUGUUAUAUCUGACAUAAUAGAGCAAACACCAUCAUUAGCAGAAGACUGUACAACUAUAUCAAUUUUACAUGAAGUGGAGUUACUUGCUGCUCUAGGUGCCAAUGUUCAAACAAUGAGAAGGGGCACAGAUGCUCAUCCUGAUCUCCCAAAUGCAUUGAGAAAUCUUUUAAGAUUAGUCUGUUCAAGAUGUCACGCACCUGGUACUGAAGCAACACCUACAUCUGGUUUUGCCUACUCUUUGGAAGCACUUUCAGAAGAUGAAGAUGCUGAAGAAGAAGAAGGUGAAGAGACUGAAGGCAGAAAUGCAAUCACUCAGGAGCAGUUUACUGCAGCUUUACAGGCAGCCACCGAAGCAGUCCGAAGUAUAGGCGGCGGACGUCAGGAAGGCCUGUUGAGGUUACUACAAGCUGCUGGACAAUCAGAUCCACAAGCGACUGCCUCUGGAACAAGCACUGAUGCCCCAGCCGCGAGUAGUACCCCACCAGUUAUAACAUCGGAAAUGUUCUGUGACGCACUCACACAGGUUAUAACAAGGACAGGUACAUCACCCACCUCCAUGGAACAGAGUACUGCAGCAUCAUCAUCGCAAAGUCCAGUGGCCCGGGACGAAGAUUUCUCCACACAACUCAAUCAUAUGCACGAGAUGGGAUUGCUGGACGACGCAUUAAAUGUUCGUGCUUUGCUUAUAUGUUCUGGUGAUGUGAAUGCUGCUAUCAAUCUCGUGUUUAGUGGAGCAAUUGGAGACAAUUAAUGAAUUAUUUUCUUAUAACAUGUGGUUAACCACAAUAUCUAAACUCUCAAAUGGCUGUUAAAACUAAGUAAAAAUGAGUCUUUCUACAAACAUUUUCUAAAUAUAUUUCAAAUAAAGUAAACUGAAAAGAUUACAGUUGAGAUCAUGUACUCAAGGUCAAUAAAAGUCCAUUAUUAAGUCAUUAUAUUUAUUA